GCCGGCUCUUUAUCUUCCCCACAGAGCAGUUACCCCACAGCGUGCACUUCUGCCGCCCUCUCCCGCCUUCCAGUCCAGCCAGCUGUUCCAGCUCAUCCCGCCAGCCCCUUUCCUUCCCCUCCCAUCCACAGAAUCACCCGCGCUUGGUCCCCGCAGCUCACCCUCGGGCCGACCUCCCUCCCCCGCCUGGGAAAAACCUGGCCGCUCCCCCCAUUCCCUUCUUCAGUAGCCGCCAGGGCUCCGGCUGUGCUCAGUGGCUGCUGCUCUCUCUGGUGCUGGCCGGCGGGCGGUGACGAUCUCUCUCUCCCACCAGAUUAGGAACCAGCUGGCAAAUACGGAUUAUGACCUAGAUAAGAGUAGAGCACCUAUUGCCUGUCCACGUAGAAAGUUUUACGAGCUGUGGAUUUGGAAAGGUUUUCACUUUUCUCUCGAAUGCUAACAGACCUGAGAGCUGGAGUUUGCGGACUAGCUGUUUGGAGCCUCAGCGGGAAAAGAGCAACACACAUUAACACAAUGGGACAUAUAUUGCUGUUGUUGAUGCUUUCCAUUCCCAUAUUAUGUCUGGCUGAUGGAGCCACAACAGAACAAGAUUUCACCUGGCACUUGAAGAACGUACCCCAGAUUGUGAGUGAACAGACUUUCUCUCUUGACAGCCCUAAAUUUGAGGCAAAAGCCAAAUUAGAGCUGAGUAAUGUGUGUGGAAUUGAAUGCCAAAGGAGACUCCCAGUGCCAAGCUUGUCUGACCUGAAGGAGUUUCUGUCCUAUGAGACCGUUUUUGAGAAUGGCACACGGACCCUGACUCAUGUGAAUGUUCUAGGGCUAGCAGUUGACGCAGCCAACACCACCACCACAAGAACGUCCUCAAGAAGAAAGAGGCAGAUAUAUGGCACAGACAGCAGAUUCAGUAUCUCUGACAAGCGGUUCAUGACCAACUUCCCUUUUAGCACAGCGGUGAAGAUUUCCACAGGCUGCAGUGGCAUUCUUAUUUCCCCCACGCACGUUCUAACAGCCGCUCACUGUAUUCAUAAUGGCAAGGAUUACAUCAAGGGCAGCAAAAAGCUGAGGGUGGGAUUGCUGAAGAUAAGAUCUAAAGGUGAGGGCAAGAAACGCAGAGGUGCUCAAAGGGGUAAGAGAGAUGUUUCUGUGGCAAGAGAUCACAGUGAGCAUACCACAGAAUUGAAGCAGAGAUCCAAAGGUCGUGGCAGAAAACAAAAGGCAACAGGGAGGAGUCGGAAAACCUCCGAUAGUAAACCUUCCUUCCAGUGGACCAGAGUAAAGAGUACCCAGAUCCCAAAAGGCUGGUUUGAAGGUGUAACUGGGGAUGUUUCCCUGGAUUAUGAUUAUGCUGUUCUUGAGCUCAAGCGCCCUCACAAAAAGAAAUAUAUGGAGCUGGGAAUCAGCCCAACAAUCAGAAAGAUGCCUGGUAGCAUGAUCCACUUCUCAGGUUUUGACGAUGAUCGAUCUGGGCAGUUAGUCUAUCGAUUUUGUAGUGUGUCUGAUGAAUCCAGUGAUCUCUUCUACCAGUACUGUGAUGCUGAGCCUGGGUCUAUUGGAUCUGGAGUCUAUCUCCGUCUUAAAGAGCCAAACAAGAAGAAAUGGAAACGCAAAAUCAUUGCUGUUUAUUCAGGUCAUCAGUGGAUGGAUGUAAAUGGUAUGCAGCAGGAUUAUAAUGUAGCGGUACGAAUUACUCCUCUCAAGUAUGCCCAGAUUUGUUUCUGGAUACAUGGGAAUGAUGAGAAUUGUACACGAGGCUGAUAAAAGCUGAAACUAGAUCAUCUAGCACCUAUAAUAUAAUAAAGUAAAAACUUGCCCAUAAUUAUUGGAAAAGCAUCACCCCAUAUCAGGAAUUAUUUGAACUUGAAGCCUGCAAAUAUUUUGGUGUAUUGAGUAUUGCUACUCUUAGAGGGUUAGAAUUUUCAAAUACAUUUUUUAGUUGUAUAAUAAUCAACACGACAUGCAUUUAUAAUCCAAAACUCUAUUUAUGUUUAAAAUUCUGAUAAAUUCAAAUUGUUCUCAUUAGAAAAAUUGUGACUUCACUUGUUUAAUUUUUUAAAGGGAAGUAUUGAAACUUCUCAAACUGAUACUAUUAAACAAUGUGUGGGUUUUUUUAAAAAUACAUUUCCCUUGAUUUUCUCAGGGUUCUGCUCCAACAAGCAUCUUCUAGUAUGCAAGUAGCACAUAUCUUAUAUAAUAGCAUGUGCAGAAUGAUACAAAUUGUGAAACAUUUGAGUAAACUAACCUUAAUUAGUUUGGACUUACCCCAAAGAGCGUAUGUGCACUCUGAGGGAAUGUCUACACUUACCGUGGAUCGAUGAUGUGGUGAUUGAUCCACCGGGGGUCAGUUUAGUGGGUCUAGCUAAAUUGACCACAGAGUUCUCUCCCAUCAAUGACAGAACUUACCUUAUGCUUCUUAUGCCAGUGAAGUCGACGGGAAAACUUUUCCUUGAACCUAGCGUGAUGUACACACCGCAAUAAGUUGACCUAAGUUAUGUCGACUCCAGCUACGUUAUUCUUGUAGCUGGAGUUGCGUAACUUAGGUCAACUUAACCCUGUAGUAUAGACCUGCUCUGAGAGGUGAUUAUCUGGUUCAUACUUGCUAGCUUGGAAAACUUUUUUGGGUGCCUUACAAACUCUUCCAUGGAAAUUCUAAAUUGCUGUAGCUGAUAAUGAGUCCUAAAAACAAUGAAUUUCAUUUCACUGCAUUCUAAAAUAGCAAAGAGUUUAAUGAAUGUAGCAGUUCUGUUUGGAAUAAGGAAGAACCAUAUGGGUUUAAUUUAAUGCCUUUAAGUCUAGUUUGAGAAGGUAUGCAAAGCUGGAGAAUAUGAAACAUGUGCAUUUUAAUAUUUGGAGACAAGUAGGUUUAAUGAAUAAUAAAAUAUUCAACCUUUCCACCAGGUGAAGUUUUCUGUAGUUGUCUUUAUCAGGAAGUGGCUAUGUGACAACAGUUUAAAGCUUCAAAAAAAGAUUUUUGGGUGCUAAACAUUUUAACAGCUUUUGUAACUACUUUCAUAAGAGUUCAGCUGUCAUAGAUAGGCUACAGUAUAUCAGCCUGGGAGUUGGAAAGCAAUGCUCUUUUUCAUACAAUCCUAGAAGCUGGAUAGUUCUAAUCCCAUCAUAUUCAGACCUCAUCAACAUGAGUUACAGGGAGAGAAGAUAAUCCUCCCAUGCUAAAUCAUGUUAUGCCACCUAAUGAAAUGGUAGGUGAGUUAUCCUGUAAAUGCAAUAGGUAUCUUAUUAGGUAGCAAUACUGCUAAUCACAUAAUUUGGCUCAUUUCUGCUACUGGACCACACAAUUAAUACAGAGGGUAUUUCUAUGAAGUGAGCCUGAUUGUUUAACAUUUGUAUACAAGUAUCACUAAUUUUUUUGUUAUCAGUUGUUCUCGAUUGCUUCGCAUAUAAUCUAAUCCUGUGCGUUUCAAAGUCUUAGUGUAACAAACGAGACUGUCAGGAUGCUAAUUUAAAUGCAUAUUUCAGGCUAUAUGCAUUUGUUUAUUACUGUUAAAGUUAUUCAAUAUUUCAGUAUUUAAUUUGCUGUGAUGAUUAGCUUGCAUCAAUCAAAAUUCAUUUUCUUUACCAGUCUAGAAGAAAAUAAACAAGAUUUUUUUAGAUAUUUUUGGCUUGCUCUAUCUUUAAAAUUACAUGUAAUGCUGCACAUUUAUACUUGAUAUGUUUUGAUGAAGUAGAUUUUUUUAAUGACUGAAAACACAAAAUCUGGCACUUUUGAUUUGCAGGUGACUUUGCCGUUGUAUUUCUAAAGCAUGAACAUUUGAGGUUUAUUUGUCUACCAUAAACAAAACCUAUUUUGAACUCUUGCAGUAUUUCACUCUAAAUGAAGUCUCACUCUAAAUUAAACUUCUUUUUGUAAUUUAGGCCCUGUCUCUGUAAACAGUUAAAUGCAGGCUUUGCUUUACUCACAUGACUGUCUGUUUGCAGAAACAGUACAAUAAUCUGUAAAGUUUGGAAAAUGUCUAAGGUAUAGUUAAAGAUUAAUGUUACCUUAUUUAUUCUGCAAUGCCUCUAAAUAUUGCUCCUCCAUUAAAAGUAUAUAAAAUCACCUCAGUACAGUAUUUGUACCUGCUACCUCAUACCCCUGUAGCACUGAUCUAAAGCAUUAUUUGGAGUGAACUAUAAUGCUUUACUUAAGUGUAGAAAUUUUAACUUAUUCUAAAAAAAUUAAAUGCCAGUUCCUCAGCUGGUGUAAAUCAGCAUAGCUUCAUUGACUAACACAGUUACACUAGCUUCUGAUCUGGCCCUCAAUCCAUCAUAAUUUAAAUUGGUGACUUAUUCCUUAUGCUGGUAAGGCUUAGUAUGCCUCUGUUCAGUAUGACAGAAGUGACAGUCUGUUUUCAUAUUAGCUUGAGAAUAUGGGGAAAAAGCAUGAAUGAUGAACAAUGACAGUAGCAGAUGUCAACUGACUUUAUUUGAUUAAGUAUCUGCUGCAAGUACGGCAACCUGAUCUCUUUCCUAGUCUAUAACAAAUACAUGAACAAAUAUAACUUCAGUACCCAGAACGGUAAUGGAGCAAAUAAUCAAGCAAUCAAUUUGCAAACACCUAGAAGAUAAUAAGGGGAUAAAUAAAAGUCAACAUGGAUUUGUCAAGAACAAGUAAUCUCAAACCAACCUAAUAGCUUUAUUUGACAGGGUAACAAGCCUUGUGGAUGGGGGGAAAGCGGUAGAUAUGGUAUAUCUUGACUUUAGUAAGGCUUUUGAAACCAUCUCACAUGACCUCAUAAACAAACAAGGGAAAUAUAGCCUAGAUGGAGGUACUAUAAGGUGGUGACUGGUUGGAAAACCAUUCCCAGAGAGUAAUCAUCAGUGGUUCACAGUCAAGCUGGAAGGGCAUAUUGACUGGGGUCCCACAGGGAUCAGUCCUGUUCAAUAUCCUCAAAUUAUUUAGAUUAUGGCAUAGAGAGUACAUUUAAAAACUUUGUGGAUGAUACCAAGCUGGGAGGGGUUGGAAGUGCUUUGGAGGAUAGAAUUAAAAUUCAAAAUGAUCUGGACAAACCAGAGAAAUGGUCUGAAGUAAAUAGGAUGAAAUUCAAUAAGGACAAAUGCAAAGUACUCCACUUACGAAGGAACAAUCAGUUGCACACAUACAAAAUGGGAAAUUACUGCCUAAGAAGGAGUACUGUAGAAUGGGAUCUGGGGGUUGUAGUGGAUCACAAGCUAAAUAUGAGUCAAAAGUGUAACACUGUUGCAAAAAAAGCAAACAGCAUUCUGGGAAUAUAUCAGCAGGAGUGUUGUAAGCAAGACACGAGAAGUAAUUCUUCCACUCUGCUACGCACUGAGGCGGCCUCACCUGGAGUAUUGUGGCCAGUUCUGUGUGCCACGUUUCAGGAAAGAUAUGGACAAAGUCCAGAGGAGAACAACAAGUUAUUAAAUAUCC